UCAGCAUUUCAUGGAUCUAAUGUUGAUAUCAACAAUAGUUAAUUUGCUUUGUUUUUAGAAUGCCGUCCAGGAUAUUACUUUAAUUUGUCUGAAAUGGUUUGUACAAAAUGUCCACGAAACUCGACACAAGAGAACAAAGGACAGAUCACAUGUGACAUGUGUCCAAUAAAUCUACCAAUCACAGAGAAGGAGGGAACAGUUUUUCAAUCUGAUUGUAUUCAAAAUUGUAAUGCAGGUUCCUAUUUAACAAAACAACUUUAAAUUGUACCAAAUGUGAAAAAAAUAGUUAUCAACCACAGAGAGGAAAAACAAAAUGUUUUACGUGUGGAAUGAACAAGAUCACCAUAGAAACUGGAACUAUUGACAAGAGACAAUGCAUUGAAGGUUCUUCACGCAAAUCUAUCGGAAAACUUAUAAAGACUGUUAUUCCCUACGCAAUAGCGGCAAUUUUGUUUCUGUUUUGUAUUCUCUUGUUGUGUUAUCACCUUAGAUGGCGGAUGAAGAAAAACAAAAAAAUGAUCACAGCUCUGAAACCAACUUAAAUGAUCCAACAAACGUAUCUGGCAAUGAAUUUAUGCUCCAGUCUCGAUCACAACAAAGUCAGAAUCACGUGUAUGAAGAACCGAGAUGGGAACCCGAAAAUCAUUCCAGUGUUGUGAAAAUCAGCUUUGAACCUCGUCCUCCCGGAUAUGAGGAACCUAUUAUUAUAACCUUUGACAAGUCUCUGCAGAACCAGAGUGUUGAUCAAUGCGAAAAUUCUUCUGUCCGUGAUUCAAUGACUAAUGAAGAUAAUAGUGAACGAUAUACAUCUUUGAUAUUAUCCCCAGGCUGUAGAAAUGACUUAGAAAAUAAUGACUAUCAACCACUGCUGAAGAAUGGUAAUGUAACAAAUGGCGAAAGUGUUGAUCAAUACCAAAAUUCUUUUGUCAGUGAUUUGAUGAUUGAUGAAGACAAUGGCGUGGAAUAUUUGACAAUUAUUGAAUGAGACUGAGCAUUUUCA